UUAAAAACGUUUGGAUUUGAAACUUCAUUACAAAAUAAUUCUCUUGAUAACUUUAUGUCUUAUUCAUCUGAAAAAUAAUUGAUAUUCAGCUCUCACAAUGAGUCACGUGUCGCAGAUGAGCCAUCUCAAGUCCACCAGCGGCUUCGACGAUGGAAAAUCCGACAAAUCCGACCGCUCCGAGGACAAUCUGGAGUUUGACUCGUCCGAAGACGAGGAAAUAUCGAUUAUUUUCGGCUUCAAGGAGGACGAGGCCCGCCAGCGUUUGACGAGCUUCCCGAAAUCAACCCGACUGGUGAUCAGUCCGGAUCUGCAGGCCGAGAUCGGAAUGGAGAUUGGACACACCAUCAGCGCCGAACACCCGUGGAAGCAGAUUAAAAAGGAAGUACUGGAGGAUCAUCUUCCGGGCAAGAACAAAGAACAGCAGCAGCUUAAGGAGAAGCUGAAGGAUUUGGACGCGGGAAAGCUAAUUUUGGUGGGAUAUUCGCCGGAGUUGUCGACCGAAGACGAUGUGUUCUUGGUUUUUAUCGACGAUCGGGAAACGAAAGAAGCGAGCGAGAUCAUUAGGCGCAUUGAACUGCUGGAACGGCACAAGGCGCGUGGUAUUCUCAAGAAGCGACCUCGUAAGUGGAAGGAUCAUGGCAGUCAUAGGAAAGUUCAAAUGUUCAUACCAGUUAAACGUACAAAUGUUGUCAACCUGGAGACUCAAAAUAUAUUCCCGGUGAAGCGAUGCAGCUAUAACUUCAUUCACCGGUUUGUAGACGAUGCUCGCGAUGGCUAUGUCGAGCUGAUACGUGGAAAGACUCGAUUUGAUAACAUCCAACGUAAGUUGGUUGAUUUUGGGAUUCAAACUGGUCCGCCCAAGAUCCAUCAGUACCAGCAGACGGACCCGACGUUUCCAACAAACGCGUGGUCCCAGUAUUUGUACGAGAUUACCGAUGAGGAGCGAGAAGUGGCCAAUAAAAACGCGGCAGCUACAGGCACGGGUGAUGAGAACCAGAAGCCGCAAGCCAAUAGCUACGUACAGGAACUUUUCAACACGCUACAGUUCAACCAAGUCGACAUGUACAAGAAUGAUUACCCGUUCAUCUCUAAGAAAAAGAUCCACAAGUAUCAAACGCCGAUUGUUGAAGAGUGUCUUUGCUUUGCGGACCGUGCCAAAUGUGGCAAUCGGUAUGUGGCGGCCAUGGAUUGGCAUCCGCAGUAUUCCGGAAUAUUCGUCGCAUCGUAUGCAUUCCAGACGUUUUGUACCGUUGUGAACCUCGAGGAGAAGGAAACACACCCUGUCGAUCCAGUGAAUCGGAUCAUCUUCGAAAAGUGCCCCGUUUUGAUGUGGGGAUUCGAUGAAACACUCACUCAAAAGUUAGAACUUCGAACGAAUCGAGAAGUGACGGCUUUAUCGUUCUGUCCAUUUGAUGGAGCUUUGCUGGGAGGACUCGCCAGUGGACAGAUUAUCAUCUGGGAUUUGAAGGGUCAAAUUGAGCGCGUUGAGAGGGUAGAAGAUAUUACGCCCGAACAGAUGAGAUAUCGCCAGGAAAUACGAAACCUUAUGGGAUGGUCCAAAAACGAAGAGAUUGAUCGUGCCGUUGAACCGGUGGCCAUUAGUGCAUUAGAUAAAUCUCCACGCAGGCCGAUAACGGCGAUCAAGUGGCUACCACGUAACUAUUACUGCGCCACAACGGGUCAAAUUCGGGCCCACGCUGAUAAGCUGCAUCGCUUCGUUAUGACCGCAUCGAUAGAUGGCUCUAUCUGCUUUUGGGACAUGGAUUUCACCGUCCCGGCAGUGAAAAAAGCAACUCAAACCUCGAAAACGGUCAACGACGGCGAGGAAUCCUCAUAUCAAAGGCUGGACAACGUAUUUUAUCCAAUAUUUCGAAUCAAAUGUGAAACACCGAUUACGUCGGUUUCGGUCGAUGAGGCGCUUUAUCAGUUCAUCCCAUUGAAAACCGACUACAAACGGGCUGAGAUUGGAACCAGAAUCGAACAUCGAGUGGAACCAAUACAAGUGGAUUACCGCAUGAAGGUCGUCAUCGGAAGUCUGAUGGGGGAAAUUAUCCAAGGUGAAUGGGAAGGGCACGACUUUGACCAGGGCGCCACCACGAACGAAGAAACCAUGAAGUCCAAGGAAAAAUUUGCCGCCAUUCACGAUGGACCGAUUCUGCUGAUCGAGCGAAACCCAUUCUGUGGGGACAUAUUCCUCUCCGUUGGUGGGAACAUCCUGGCGCUGUGGAGUGAAACGUGCAUGGAUUCGGCGAUUUUCUGGAGAAAACGAAAGUCUCGCGUCACCGCCGGAAGAUGGAGCCAGGACAGACCGUCGGUGUUCUUUAUAGCGGACAGCAACGGAGAUUUGGAAAUCUGGGACACGAGCGUGCGGAUCGACGCCCCAUGCCUCAUCACCAGUCUGGGGGGACACAUUCUCACGUACCUGUCGCAGCAUAAACUAUCCGGCCCGCGGAAAUACCUUGCAGUUGCGGAUUAUAAUGGAAGCAUCAGAGUUCUUACCAUCCCAACCUGUUUCUCGGAACCAGUUGCGAAUGAGCGGAAGAAGUUCAGAAAAUUCAUCCAACACGAACUAUCUCGCAAGGAGUCCCAGGAAGCGUGGGUUCGAUCGUACUACGAAGCACACAAGGAUACGAUUGAGACGCAACUGAGGGCUCAACGCGAGGCCAAGGAGCUCGCCGAACGCAUGGAAGUCGAGCAGAAGGAACACGCGGAGUUUAUGAAGCGCCAGGCGGCUGAAGAAGCUAAGAAACGUGCUCUCCGAGAUUCUGAGAAACGGGUAGACCUGUCCAAACGACUCGAUGCUCGUUGGAAACAGAAAAGUUUUCGACGCCUUUUGCACAGCAUGAUGGCCAAGCGGAACAUCAGCCCGGAUCAGUUGGCUAAGCAAAUGCGACCGGAAAAGGAAAGGCGCAAGUACAAUGAGGAAAAGCGUGGUGCAAUCGCGGAAGAUUUGGCACGCGUGAACGAGGACUAUGAAGAAGUCAAGACCCAGCUAAUUCCGGUUGAAAAGGUGAUCGUGACCAGAGCUGAACUUCUGAAGGAGCGCAUGGGAAAAUACAAGGACGAAAUACUGGACUACGAACGAGUUGAAGCGGAAGCGCGCGAAGUUCUGAGGAAUUUCCAGCUUCCACCGGUGGCCAGCUUCACCGACAUCCUCAUCAAAGGACGCUACCGGAGGGAAGCAAUCAAUCGUGACCUGGGCGCAAACCUUGAGCAUUUGGCUAGCUAUGAACAGAAGAAACUGCAGCGACGUCUGGCCGCCAAUGAGGCACGCGGAGACACGGAGAGCACCGCCAGUAUCACCAGCCCGGAUGCACUCCAGCGUGCCCGGUCGGUUACCUUCAUCGAUGACAUUCCGGAGGAAAUUCGACGCCAAAUGAGCGAGGAGCAAGAGCUCGAGUCACCCCGCAAGAACACGCCAGAACCCGAUGAAUAA